UAAUUGCAAACGAGUGGAUAAUAUGCCGAAACACUCAAUGGAUGAGACGGCGGCUAAAGUUCUGUGGGAUAUGAGCUGUGAAUUGGUUAAUCUUGAAGACCUAUCUUAUCUUGUAAAUGGGAAGCGAAUGAUUGGAUUGUCUGUCCAUGAGUUCGGCACAAAUGCACUGAAUAUGAGGCUAAAUGGGAAGCGAAUGAUUGGAUUGUCUGUCCAUGAGUUCGGCACAAAUGCACUGAAUAUGAGGCGUAAGUGUAAGAGUGAGCGAAGACUCGAUGGAAAGGUAGUCAUCAUUACCGGUGCCAACACUGGGAUCGGCAAAGAGACGGCACUCCAGCUCUCAUUACGCGGGGCUAAGAUAUACAUCGGGUGUCGGAGUCUAGAAAAGGCGGACGCGGCUGUCGAUGACAUCAGAAAAGUGAACCCAAAGGCAGACAUAACUUCACUUCAAUUGGAUUUGUCUUCAUUCAAAUCCGUGCGACAGUUCGCCAAUCAAGUGGUGGAAAGGGAGGCAAUGAUUGACAUACUUAUCAAUAACGCCGGUAUAUAUCAGUGCCCGGAGUGGGAGACUGUGGACGGCUUUGAGAUGCAGUUCGGGACCAAUCAUUUGGGUCCAUUCCUAUUAACCCUUACAUUACUACCACUACUACGGAAAGCCCCGAAAGCACGGGUAGUGAACGUGGCCUCAGGUUUCCACGAGAUCGGCAAAAUAUAUUUCGAUAACAUAAACCUCCGGAAUGGUAAAUACGAUCCCCAGACGGCCUACUGUCAGAGCAAACUGGCCAUGGUCAUCUGCACCAGGGAAAUGGCUAAACGGUUGGGCAAUAAGAGUAAUGUAACCGUUUAUGUGUUAAACCCCGGAGUCGUUAAGACUGAGUUACAAAGGCAUCAGAAGUAUAGCGAAACCCUCAUGAAUGCGAUGUUUUUAAGCCCUGAAAUGGGCGCUCAGACCACACUAUACUGCACACUACAGGAGGAACUGGAUGGCGAGUCGGGCUUUUAUUAUGAGUAUUGUAAGAGUGAGCGAAGAUUGAAUGGAAAGGUAGUCAUCAUUACCGGUGCCAACACUGGGAUCGGCAAAGAGACGGCACUCCAGCUCUCAUUACGCGGGGCUAAGAUAUACAUCGGGUGUCGGAGUCUAGAAAAGGCUGAAACGGCUAUCAAUGACAUCAAAAGCGUGAAUCCCGGGGCAGACAUCACUUCACUUCAAUUGGAUUUGUCUUCAUUCAAAUCUGUUCGUCAAUUCGCGCAACAAGUGAUGGAAAGGGAGGCAAUCAUUGAUAUCCUUAUCAAUAACGCCGGUGUUAUGGCGUGUCCUGAAUGGCAAACCACGGAUGGCUUUGAAAUGCAAUUUGGGACCAAUUAUUUGGGUCCAUUUCUACUGACCCUGACCCUAUUGCCACACAUCAAGAGAGCACCGGUAGCCCGUAUAGUGAACGUGUCGUCAAGUAUGCACGCGAUCGGCAAAAUUUAUUUCGAUAACAUUAACCUCCGGAACGGCAAAUACACGCCAACCCGGGCUUACGGUCAGAGCAAACUGGCUGUAGUCCUGGGCACCCGGGAACUGGCUAAACGGUUGGGUAAAAAUAGUACCGUUACGUGCUAUGUAUUAAAUCCCGGGGCCAUUAAGACUGAUUUGCAACGACACAGUAAUAUGAGUGAAGGCAUGAUGAACAUGAUGUUUAUGAAGCCAGAUAUGGGCGCCCAGACCACAUUGUAUUGUACGCUGCAGGAGGAACUGGAUCACGAGUCGGGAUUUUAUUACAAACGUAAAGUAAAGACAAAUAAGAAACUGAACGGACAGGUAGUUGUGGUGACCGGUGCUAACACUGGCAUUGGAAAGGAGACGGCGUACCAAAUGACGCUCAGGGAGGCCAAGGUAUACAUCGGGUGUCGGGAUGUGAAGAAAGGAGAGACGGCUGUCAAAGAGAUACAAUCAAUGAAUCCAAAGGCAGACAUAAAACUAUUAAAACUUGAUUUGUCUUCACUUCAAUCGGUCCGCCAUUUCGCCAAAGAGUUGUCUCAAUUGGAGUCCAAAGUGGAUAUCCUUAUCAAUAACGCGGGGGUUAUGGCGUGUCCUGAAUGGAAGACAGAGGACGGCUUUGAGAUGCAGUUCGGGACCAAUCAUCUAGGUCACUUUCUGUUAACAUUACAUUUGGUGCCAUUACUGAAGAAGUCAUCGGCGGCUCGUAUUGUAAACGUGUCUUCAGGUCUCCAUAAUUUCGGAGAAAUCCAUUUAAAUAACAUAAACCUCCGAAACGGUGAUUAUCACCCAUUCUUCGCCUACGGACAGAGCAAACUCGCAAAUGUAUUGUUUAGCCGGGAGUUGGCUAAAAGAUUAAGACAUACCUACAUCAACACGUAUUCAUUAAAUCCCGGUGCCAUUGAUACUGAUUUACAAAGACAUGUUGAGAAAACCGAUGAUAAACCAAAAGGAAAGGGAUUUAUGAGGAGAAACCUAUUUAUGACACCUUUCAUGGGAUCUCAGACUACACUGUAUUGCGCUCUGGAGGAGGAUCUGGACGAUGAGACCGGAUAUUUCUAUGACAAUUGUCGACGAAUUGAUUAUAUGAUAGCCGAAGCCAAUGACGACAAGACCGCCAAAGCUCUCUGGAAAUUGAGUGAAGACUUUGUCAAACUUGAAGAUCAUCUCAGGAUUUAAUUCAUAAACAUUUGGAAAUUAAGAUUUUCAAGAAAUAUUUACAAACAUA